AUGUCGUUUGUGGGUGAGAAUGUUUCUGAAGCAUAUCCAGGAUGGAGAUUAUUUUUUGACGGUGCGGCAAAUCAUCAAGGUAAAGGUAUCGGAGUAGUCUUAGCUUCAGAAUCUGGUCAGCACUAUCCCAUGGAAGCUAAGCUCCGAUUUAAUUGCACAAACAACAUGGCCGAAUACGAAGCUUGUAUUCUAGAGUUGAAAGAACAUCCAGUCCAUUGCUCUGAUGUUGAAGCAGAACCAGAUGGUUUUCCUUGGAGGACUCUAGUUUUGGCUCUUCUAAGAUGUGUUGAUGAUGUUGAAGCUGUGAAGCUUAUUGAACAGAUACAUGCUGGAGUCUGUGGUACGCAUAUGAACGGGUCAACUUUGGCAAGAAAGAUCUUACGAGCCGGGUAUUUCUGGAUGACUAUGGAGAAUGAUUGUUGCAAAUUUGUGCAAAAGUGCCACAAAUGUCAAGUGUACGGUGAUUUGAUCAGAGUGCCACCUCACGAACUUAAUGCUAUGAGUUCACCUUGUCCAUUCAACAAUCUGAUAUGUAUAUUUGGAGGGCCAGAAUCCAUCAUUACUGAUAAUGGUGCAAAUCUCAACAGUCACUUGAUGAGAGAGAUAUGUGAGCAAUUUAAGGUCACUCAUCGAAAUUCGACUGCUUAUCAUCCCCAAAUGAAUGGAGUUGUGGAGGCUGCCAAUAAGAAUAUCAAAAAGAUUUUGAGGAAAAUGGUUGACAAGCAUCGAGGUUGGUAUGAUAUGGUACCAUAUGCAUUAUUGGGAUACCACACGACUGUCAGAACAUCAAUUGGAGCCACUCCAUAUUUGCUAGUAUAUGAAACAGAAGCAGUCAUACCAGUUGAAGUCAAGAUACCGUCUUUGAGGAUCAUCGAAGAUGCUGAGUUGAGUAACACUGAAUGGGUCAGCAAGCGGAUUUAUCAACUAACUUUGAUUGAUAAGAAGAGAAUGGUUUUUGAUUUUCAUGGUCAGUUCUAUCGACAGAGAAUGAUUCGUGCUUUUCACAAGAGAGUAAGAGCCAGAAAUAUUGAGGUUGGUCAGUUGGUUAUUAAGCAUAUUUUUCUUCAUCAAGAUGAGUACAAAGGAAAGUUCACACCGAACUGGCAAGGGCCUUACAUGGUUCGCAAAGUAUUACCUGGAGGUAAUUUGGUCCUGUCGGAGAUGGAUGGCACUGUAUGGCCUAAACCUAUCAACUCAGAUGUUGUCAACAUAUACUACGUGUGA